ACCCGAGGUGGUUGUUCCUAAUUUACCCUACACUUUUUUGGCUAGAAGGGGCAAUAUGUAUAUUUUCAUGGUUUGAGGGAGUAAAAUGUCUAUAUUAAUUAUUUGAGGGGCUUAAUCAAAAUUAAUCCAAGAAUACCCAGUACCCAUUGAAAGAGGACUUUUGCUGAACACUAUUCAGACUUCAAUUUUCAUCCCCGAUCCUUCGAAAAAAUUCAGUAGCGUCUUCUUCCUCUUCGAUUCUUCUUCGUUUUCUUCGCCGCAGCGCUUACUGCACAAAGAAUUCUCUAUUUCACAACCGAUAACUGGAAAUUCGAGCAGUUAAACAACCGAAAGUUGCGAUUUUUUUUUUUCUCAAGUACCUGUAAAAAUGGCUAUGACAAUCGGAGUCUUGCGGGACUUGCGUUCAUGUUUUCAGCCAGCAUCCUUCUCCAAAUCUUGGCAUGUGCAAUAUACAGCAACUGGUGGCCAAUGUUAUCAGCUCUUAUGUAUGUUCUGGUGCCGAUGCCUUGUCUGUUUUUUGGUGGGGGGUCCACUCAGUUCCUUACAAGUCGAGAGGGCGGGGGGUGGAUAGAUGCAGCUAAGUUUUUAACAGGGGCAUCUGCUGUAGGAAGUAUGGCGAUUCCGAUUAUCUUAAGGCACGCUGGAUUAAUUGGGACCGGAGCUUUGUUUAUCGAAUUCACUUCUUUCUUCAUUUUUAUCUGCACAGUUCUUUGCUUUCAUCGUGCCACCCUUGAUGACGAGUGGUAACUUUAUCAAAGCUCAUGAAAGGGCCGUUUGCUUCUAACUUUCUCGGGAAAAAAAUUAAUAAAAAAAAGGAUUGUCACGAAAAUAUGGUUAGGAUUGAAAAAUGUACAGAUAAAAAUUGUUGAUCGGCGGCGUGUAAAGACUUUAAAAACAUUGAAUUACAGAUCAAGAAAGGUGAGUUUGGUUUGUUUGUUCAA